GCCGACUUAUUUUCUGCCGAAACCCCAUUCCUAAAGAAGCCCGAUGCCCAUUACGACGCUCAAGCUCCUGCACAAGGAGGCGCAGGACAUGCGCCGGGUCAAGGUCGCCGACCUCCGCGAUAUGGUCGGCCGCGCCUCCUCGACGGACCUCUUCACCUUCGGCGAGCUCCAGAAGUACGCGCUGGACAUUGCUUUCCCAGCGCUGCAGCACGCCGAAGUCUUCUUCUACUACCUCGACGACGAAGGCGAGCAAGUGCGCAUCACGAACGACGCCGAGCUCAAGGAAGGUAUCCGCCUCAUGGAGACGGAAGGCGACAUCUUCAAGAUGGUCGUCUCGGGUAAGCGCCAAGUCGUCGACCAAGAUGCCACUGUCUCGUUCGACUCGGAGUGCUCGAUGGCCCUCUUUGUCGACUUGAGCCGCCUCCUCGACAAGUGGGAGUGCUCAAACGACCAAGUGCCCAUGAAGAAGGACAUGACGACGCUAUUGCAUGUACCAGGCGUGCAGGGUGCCAUGAUUGACAUGUUGGCUGAUGCCAAGUACGCGUCGUACUUUGAGAACGUGUCGACGGUCAUCAAGGAAGGAGGGUCGGUCGUUGAAGGCGUUGCCUCGAUGUUUGCCGGUGGCCAGCUUCAAGACAUGGCUACGGCCCUCAUGGAGAAGUGCCCGGACAUCAAGGACCUCCUCGAAAGCAUCAUGCAUGCGAUCCAGGUGCAAGUGCACGCGCACCAGCAAGCAAAGCAUGCAUCGAGUGUCUCGCAGACGCUGCCGCCUCUUCCCGAAGAUCCAUCGCUCGUCCACCAGCUCUUGGAGUUUGUCACGGGCAAGUUUUUCACGGAUUUAUGGUCGCUCUCGAGCGAUCAGGCCGGCGAAGUCAUGUUCAACUGCGGCGUCAGCAGCGAGCAGAUCCAGGCGCUCUCGCGCGAGAGUCGCAUCCGCUGGAUCGCAGAGACCAUCAUCCACAUCCAGGCGAUGAACCAAGCGCGGAAGGAGCAGAAGGAGCUUGCCGAGAAGGCUGCGCAGGAAGCAGCGCUCUCGAGCAGCAACCACGGCAUCAUGGACGCGGACGACGUCGACUCGAAGCCAUCGGUGGCCUUUAUGGGCGACGUGAGCUUCCCGACGGCUCGACCGUGCGCGCCGGCGACUCGUUUGUCAAGACGUGGCGUCUUAAGAACGAUGGCGAGACGCGCUGGCCGGCUAAGACGGAGCUCGUGUGCGUCGGUGGGGACCACUUGCAGACUGAGUCGGGUCCGAUCUCAAUUCCGAUCUUGCCGCCCGGCAAGAUGAUUGAUGUUUCGGUCGACAUGCAGGCGCCGUCCAAGCCCGCGCGCUACACGGGGUACUGGCGCCUCUCAACGGCCGACGGCAAGCGCUUUGGGCAGCGGUUCUGGAUUGACAUUUUGGUCGUUGGCAACAAGACGACGACCCACGACGUGAAGCCCGCGGCCUCGAAUGAGGUCGUGCUCCCUGCGGCGGCUCCGCAGGUUGUCGCUGCGGCGGCGCCCCAAACCGUUUUUGCGGUGGCGCCGCCCCAGGUGGCUGUGGCGGCCCCCGGAGUCGUGUCGCAAGCGCCUCUGGCCCCAGUGGUUGUGCCGGCGCCGGCCGUGCAAGCGACGCCGUUUGCGAAGGAACUCGAAGCCUUGGAAAGCAUGGGCUUUUCGGACCGCGCGACCAACACGCGGCUCCUUUCGCAGUACAAUGGAGACGUGUCGAUGGCGCUGAACCACCUUCUCAACUAGGACUCUUCACCGUGCAUGUAUAACCCUCUUCGCUAAUUAAAAUGCCAAAAAUUGACGCCUUGGACAAGCCCAAGCGACUGGA